GGCUACCAAAAAGUUCUUUCAUUAUGCCAAAAUGUGUAUGAAACAUUGCAGUACCAUAGAAGCAGUUAAGAAAUUUAAAAAUAUUGGGCCUAUAUGACUAGAACAUGACCAAAAAAUUUUACAAUUCCACCACUCUUCUCUGUAAUUUUAGUGCAUGGUCAGUGGAGUACAUGGACACAUUGGGGCGAUUGUAUGGCAACCUGUACUGAAAGCAGAGAAACCCGAUAUCGCUUAUGCGACGAUCCUUUACCAAGAAAUAACGGGAGUUUGUGCAUAACGAAAAACAAUUAUUCAAAAAUUUAUGAAGUGGAAAGCAGAAGCUGUACUUCUAAAACAUGUCAGCAACGAUUGAGAGGAGAAGGAGAUAAAAGUAGCAAAAAACUUUCAACGUUAGAAUUUCUUCUUACUCUUUUUGGAGGAUGCUUAAUCGGCAUUAUUUUACUGGCUAUUGUUAUGCAAAUUGCAAAAUGCAGCCGCAACAAAAAAGACAGUCUGGUGUUGCACGAAGUCAUCCAAGGAGUUGACAACAUUGCCUUAUCUGAUACUAACGUGUCGUCAAAUAACCCGAAAAAUGCAAAAAAUAUCACAACUAGUGGUGUUGUUGUCAAUAACAACAGUGAGCCAGAGAAAGAGAAAAGACAAUAA